UUGAUGAUACGCCCGAGCAGAUGCCAACACAGCAGCCAUUCAAGCAAUCCUAUACAACCGUAUCGGCGAUAUCGGUUUCAUCCUCGCCUUAGCAUGAUUUAUCCUACACUCCAACUCAUGAGACCCACAACAAAUAGCCCUUCUAAACGCUAAUCCAAGCCUCACCCCACUACUAGGCCUCCUCCUAGCAGCAGCAGGCAAAUCAGCCCAAUUAGGUCUCCACCCCUGACUCCCCUCAGCCAUAGAAGGCCCCACCCCAGUCUCAGCCCUACUCCACUCAAGCACUAUACAGGAAUCUUCUUACUCAUCCGCUUCCACCCCCUAGCAGAAAAUAGCCCACUAAUCCAAACUCUAACACUAUGCUUAGGCGCUAUCACCACUCUGUUCGCAGCAGUCUGCGCCCUUACACAAAAUGACAUCAAAAAAAUCGUAGCCUUCUCCACUUCAAGUCAACUAGGACUCAUAAUAGUUACAAUCGGCAUCAACCAACCACACCUAGCAUUCCUGCACAUCUGUACCCACGCCUUCUUCAAAGCCAUACUAUUUAUGUGCUCCGGGUCCAUCAUCCACAACCUUAACAAUGAACAAGAUAUUCGAAAAAUAGGAGGACUACUCAAAACCAUACCUCUCACUUCAACCUCCCUCACCAUUGGCAGCCUAGCAUUAGCAGGAAUACCUUUCCUCACAGGUUUCUACUCCAAAGACCACAUCAUCGAAACCGCAAACAUAUCAUACACAAACGCC